AUGACGGCCAACAGCAGCCAAAACCCUUUUGGUUACACCGAGCCAGUGCCCACUCCCACGGAAGACCAAGAUCAAUUCAUCGAGUUAACUUUGAGCAAGCCUGCUGCUACUGUGGAGACUUCCAACGACAACAACUUCGACGGAAAGCCGUCCGAGGAGCCUUCCUCCCGGGCUGGCGGUAGACAGCAUGCUGUCGAUACGUUGAUGGAUUCAGCUCCCCAAAGCACUGAGCCACACACUGCCCCUGAGAUGACUAUCUGUGGCAAUGAACUGUCUGAAGAACAGUACAGACAAGCCAAAGACGCACAGAAGGGCCUCUUCGACCAACACAGGAAAUCUUCCACGGAGUUCAAGUCCAUGCCUGACAAUUUUGGCGGUGACGGUAUGAAGGAGAUGUCUGACGGUCUGAAGGAGAAGUCUGGUGAUCUGAGGGAUAAGUCUGGUGAUGCAUUUACGACUGCCAAAGGCAGAGCGAAGGAGACGUCUGGUGAUGCAGUUACUACUUUCAAGGCCAUCGGUAGAGAGGAGUUCCAAACCCAGAAGAAGGUGGCGCGAAUGUUCAAGGGUCUCCUGCAGAGAUCUUCUGGGUCCAAGUCUGAGUCGGACUCUACCGUAGCUGGAAGCGCCCGUCCAGACCGCAAUACGCGCAAGGAUCAGAAGGGACGCAAGCCGACAAGUGGCAAAAUGCCCCAAAAUUCGCAGCGAGUGCAGAAACGGAGCUCGAAACGCGGGAAGCCGUCCUCUGAUUUCUCGAAGUUGAGCCCUCUCGUACCGACUGAGAAGCAAGGAGACGACGUACCGAGACAGGGCCAAGAAGACAAAGGCCAGAAGACAGUCGACAAGUGUCAAGAUAAGUGUCCAGAGAAAACCGAUCCCCACCACGCACCAACGCCACCUUGCGAAUCCCCGAAGGAGUAG